AGGUCAACCAGCUUCAACUCAGUCUGCUUUGUGGGAUAGGCGUACGAGCACACAAACCGUGUCGUCGCGGGCGCCGUUUUCGAUCCUCUUCUCUCAUUUGACUCUCCGGGUCCGGGUUCGGUCGUGUCGUGGGAAUGAUCGUUUUGGGGUUGAGUGAAGAUAAAGAAACAAAAAAAUAAUAAUAUUCCAAGAUCGAAUGGGAUGGGUUUCGAGUCGUGCAUAGAAAUUAAAGUGCAAUAGAUCUGUGUGUAUCAGUGUGUGGCUAUGGUGGCCAAGUCUGGGGAUAGUAUUUUAAAUUUAGAAGAUCAAAAGUGGGCGGAUGAGCGGACUCUCUUUGGAUUAAUCAACGGACAAGUUGUAUAACGCAGUUAUAAUUAUUCCCGCCCAGAUUGCCUCCAGUCAGUGCACCAAUCAUCAACAUUACAGUACAAACUUCGACAACCCACUUGACUCCGAUACUUGAGCGGGCGGGCGUUGUAGUGGCGUGUUCCCUUAUCAAUUGAACUUCAGCUUAAGCCAGCUGCUGAACAAAAUGACAGCGUUGUGAGUGGUGUCGUGCAUGCAGCAGACAGUAAUAGCGGAACAUCUAGUCGUGUGCAUCAAAAUAGUAGAAUCAGUACUACGAGAUGGUUUUGAAUGUGCAUGAAAAUAACUGAAAACAUCCCAGUGCCGAAUAGCCGAAGAUGAGAAAGCGUCGGAAAAAAUCAUUAAGCAAAUAUGAGCUUGAGAGGCGUCGGGGCCAACCCGUAAAGUUGUGUGUCGAGUUGAUCGAGAAAAGAAUUAACCCCCAGAAAAUCUUAAUUAACGGUACGAACGAGUGAAGGUCGCCGGGCGAGUGUCUUUCACUGAUUCUUGUGGUGAGAUUUUGAUUUCGAGUGUGUUUACUAAAGUGAAUCAGCAUGGGUUCGUCCAAAUAUCAGUGUCUCAUUGCCAUAGUGCUCCUUAGUGGAAUUAACAGUAUUGAUACGCAGCAACACAGCCCAGGGAUGAGCAAUAAUAAUCGUGAAGAAACAACGACGACGUUCAGUGAUGAGUUUCGUCUUCUAAACAAACAAGGUGCCAGAAAUAGUUACGCGAUCGACAAUGAGUCAGCUGUCGUGGGCCACCCUGCCCAACGACACCGACGGUCGGUUGGCAGCGGUAGCAGCAGCAGCAGCAGCACUGGACAAACUGGAUCUCAGAAUUUAUGCAACAUGCAAGGGUGCAGCUGUUCGAACCAGCCAAUUCUCACCAUCGACUGUGAAGUGUUCGGCCAGCUCACACUGGACGGUCGAUACAACAUUCCGCGGGAAGCAAAAAGCCUCAACAUCCAACUCAACGUGCGAGCAACGCGACUUCACAUCAGCUCCAAACUGUUCGAGAACAGCUUGCUGAACCGAGUCCUGAUCAAGGGAAACUACAACAACGGUGGCUCCAGUCAAGUCGACCACGUUGAGUUCCUGGCGAAGGCCUUCUGUCUAAACAACGGGACCUACCCUCAGCUGGAGGUGGUGAACGUUCACACCGUCGUGUUCCACAGCCAAACUUUUUGCCAGGAAUUUAACCUCAACGUGACACGUGCCGCCGAGGUUGUUAUAAUGCAAAGUGCAUUUUCCGUGGCAGAAAGCGAAAUCCUACUCAAUGGCGUUAAGGAUAUCAGAAUUCAGGACGAUGCAUUUCGGGGAUCCGUGUCAACCAAGCUCGACAUUGUAAACUGUGGCAUCGGGAGUUUGUGCGAGUUGAGGGCGUCCUUUAAGGAAAUCAGGUUCAUCAAUACAAACAUCAAAGAAGUCUUAACUAAGGCAUUUGAUGUAAAUAAAAUAGACUCGUUGGUGUUUGAGAAUUGCAACAUUGGUGUACUCAAAUCGCAAGCAGUUACAGAAAAGCUUUUAUGUAAGCAUUUCACCGUGACAGGUUGCAAGAUUGGGACAAUUGAACGAGAGUUUAUUUCGGAAAGCGGGUUAGUGAACUUCAUAUUGCAGAACAAUACAAUCAGCGAGAUUGCUCCAGAAGCAAUCCGGUUUACCGGAGUAACCAGUAAAAUCAUCCAGAACAAAAUCAUCAAAACUGGAAUUAACUGGUUCUUCCAGAACGGUGGCUGGACCAGUGUGGCCAUCGUGAACAAUUCGUUCGGCGAGUUCAACUACUUUACACUGGAGGAAACUGAACAGCCGAUGCUGUGCCAAUUUCAUGGCAAUUCGGUGACUCUACCGGCAAUCCGGAGUUUCAGCUUUUUCCACCAUCAGGCGUGCACUUUGCGUGAAAUUUCGUUUAAUCGACAGUGCACUUGUGAUGAGCGAUGGAUGAAGGAGUUGUUCUUCCAGGAUUAUGAUAAGCUGCUGAAGGAAAGCUACUGUCGGAUAGAUGAGACUUUGAAGCAUUGCUACAACGCUUCAACGUUCAAUGUUAAAAAGUACACGCAACAGGUGUGCAAUGAAUCGACUCGUUCAAUCGAUUGCUCCAGCAGUCAAAAGGAGAAAAAAGUUGAACCAAAUUUUGUCAGUCCAACCGAGAUUGAAGACGUCCAGUAUCAGGACUACUAUCAGUACAUCGUGAUGGGAGCGUCGGCGAUUGUGGCCAUAGUGAUUGUAGUUUUGUGUAUUCUGUUCCGCACAAUCUGUUCAGGGAGACAAUCUGCCGCCUCAGGAGAUGUAGUUUCGAACGCCUCGUUCACGAUGACUCAUAAACCGAGCAAGGCAUUCACAAAGGAAGAUAAGUCGAUUAUUCAUCAGACGUUGCAGAAAAUUAAGGAAAAGCAGUCGCCUGACACCUACGAGGACAUCUUCAUUCACACCAAAAAAUUGCUCGACGGAAACUCAACCGAAACGGAGAAAGUCCUAACGAUCGGAGAGAUCGUGCGACGUCUCAACGAGUGCGAAAACAGCGGAGAUGACUUUGUGGCAUUUACCGACAUUCUGUACCGUCAUCUGGCGCCCAGCACCAGUGCGACUCCACUUGAGACCAUCUACGCCGAACCGUCCGCUCCGGCCGAGGGCAUGACCGUGAUUGGUGGAGUUCCGGGCGGUACACCUGACCACAUCUACGCGGAACUAACGAGCGCGGCUCAGCCACUGCUGAUAAACGAAUACGCCGCCCCGAUGGACUUGAGUGACUCACAUUACUCGGAACCCGUGCAAAUCAUGCACAAAGAUAACACUCGUACGCUUAUCACUCCAUACGCCAUAGGAAACAACAUUUCGGGCGCGGUCCAGCACCCACAACCCGGCACUUCGCGGAAUUUGCCCGACAUUCUCAACAGUGGCAACAGCAGCACCACCAACAGUAGUAGUAGCAAUAGUAAUACAACAGCAAAUGCCAUGAUGGUGGCCGGUGGCCCUCUUCCUCCUCUGCCGGAACCGCUUAGGUACAUGGACCGAUCACCGACCAGCAGUCGGGAGAUUCCCGAGUACACGCUGCCAGCCAAAAAAGUGCCACCGAAACCGGCGCCACGUCGCGAACCGUCCGAAGAUUCGGACAGUUCUGGCACGAGCCAUUCGGAACACUCGGGUGGCAGUGAUAUUACGGUUAAAAUAGACGACAUUGUUGAGUACGCUGACGCGUAGCCGACCUGGGUUCGGGUUUUUGGAUAUGGAGGGAAUGUUAGUCUAGUGUAAAAGCAAAAAAACGUCCAAAACAACACUACUGUAUGGUAAUGAACAAUUUUUUAUAAAAAAGUGAUAUUAAUUUAAUUUAUAAAUGUAUUUUUAUGUAAUGAAACCAAGUUGAACGAAAUAACAGAGAGAAAUAACUUUAAAUGUUAGCAAGUUAUAUAGUGAAGCCCUGUAGAUAAUGGAGCAAGUGGCGUGAAAAGUAACUAAAUAAAAGACUUCCUUGAAAAAAAA